AUAAAGGUUGGUCUUAAAUUUUGGUCCUAUCAAAUUCCUAGCAAUACAUGCUGGUACUGCAUAGAAAAUGAGUCAGCAAUGGGCAGUAUAGUCGUACUGAGCGAAGCCAAUGCCUCUUUGAAUUGGUGCGUCAACGCCCUUCUUCCAAGAUACCCUCCUUCCCCUCCUAUUAUAUCUCACCUUUCGUCCACUCCCAGACUCUUUCGCUCUCUUCUCUCUACUAAAAGAUUCUCAACCAUGGAUGGUUCUAAAGCUAGCGCAUUGAACGAGAUGCCUCUUGGAAUAGAUGAAACUACUGAGGAAGAAUAUGCUUCGCAGUCUAGGUUACUUCAAGAAUUCCAUAGUAUAUCCAGCAUUGACAAGGCAUGGAUAAAACCUGGAAGUGGAAAUGGCUCCCAGGCAAUGUUUUCAUUUAGUCAACCAAAUCUCUUGGCAAACAAGAUGAGGAAAUUUAUUUUAUCAUCUCAUAUUUUGAAAGAAAGUAGCAACUCGGUAAACUUCCAAUGGGGCCCAUUUCCUGUUGAGAUGACGGGAGUCUCUGUAAUUGUUCCAUCACCAUCAGGUGCAAAGCUUCUUGUAGUUCGUAAUCCUGAAAACGACUCUCCCUGUCAAUUUGAAAUUUGGGGUCCGGCUCAAGUCGAGAAGGAAUUCCAUAUUCCCCAAUCUGUUCAUGGCUCGGUAUAUGCUGAUGGCUGGUUUCAGGGAAUUUCUUGGAACUCUGAUGAAACUCUCAUCGCUUAUGUUGCUGAGGAACCAUCUCCCUCCAAGCCGACAUUUACAUGGCAGGGCUACAAGAAAGGUGGUUCCACUGAUAAGGAUGUUGGCAACUGGAAAGGCCAAGGGGAUUGGAUGGAGGAUUGGGGGGAAACUUAUGCUGGAAAAAGGCAGCCUGCACUUUUUGUCAUAAAUGUUAACAGUGGAGAGACACGAGCUGUUAAAGGAAUUGAAAAGCAUUUGAGUGUUGGCCAAGUUGUGUGGGCCCCACCAAUUAGUGGAUCCCAUCAAUAUUUGGUUUUUGUUGGGUGGUCAGCAGAUACCAGAAAGCUUGGUAUCAAGUACUGUUAUAACAGGCCCUGUGCAUUGUAUGCUGUUAAGGCACCACUUCAUGAAUCAGAAGCUGAUGGGCCAGAAAUCAAAGAUAGUUCAACUGAAGGUUGUCCUGUGGUAAAUCUAACUCAAAGCAUUAGUAGUGCUUUCUUUCCACGAUUCAGCCCAGAUGGAAAAUUGCUUUUGUUUUUAUCUGCAAAAAGUUCUGUGGAUUCUGGGGCCCAUUCUGCAACAGAUUCUCUUCACAAAAUUGAUUGGCCAGUGGAUGGAGUGCCAUGCUCGUCUGCGGAAGUUGUUGAUGUGAUUCCUGUUGUAAUGUGUGCGGAUGAUGGCUGCUUCCCUGGCCUUUACUGUUCAAGUUUCCUCACUAAUCCAUGGCUUUCUGAUGGAUGCACGAUGAUUAUAUCUUCCUUCUGGGGCAGCUGUCAAGUGAUACUUUCUGUGAAUGUGUUGAGCGGACAAGUAUCACGCAUCAGCCCUACUGAUUCAAACUUUUCAUGGGAUGUUCUUUCACUGGAUGGGGAUAAUAUUGUUGCUGUGUCUAGCAGUCCAGUAGAUGUGCCUCACAUCAAGUAUGGUCUUCUUGAUGAUAAAGAAAGUAAAAGUACUGCAUGGAAUUGGUUAGAUGUACCAAGCCCCACAAAUGAAUGCUCUGAACAAGUUAAAUCAUUGCUCUCAUCUCUAAAAUUCAGUAUAUUGAAGAUUCCUGUCAGGGAUGUUUCUGAUUGCCUAACGAAAGGUGCUAGAAAACCUUUUGAAGCUACUUUUGUCUCUUCCAAAACUAAAAGAAGUGAUCCAUUAGUUGUAGUCCUUCAUGGUGGCCCACAUUCUGUUUAUUUGGCAAGCUUUUCAAAGUCCCUGGCUUUUCUCUCUUCAAAUGGGUUCAGUUUGUUACAUGUAAAUUAUAGAGGUUCACUGGGAUUUGGUGAGGAAGCACUUCAAUCUCUUCCAGGGAAAGUUGGCUCCCAGGAUGUAAAUGAUGUACUGGUGGCUAUUGAUCAUGUCAUUGACUUGGGACUUGCUAGGCCAUCAAAAAUUGCAGUUCUUGGUGGUUCUCAUGGUGGCUUUCUAACAACUCACUUGAUUGGCCAGGCACCAGAGAAGUUUGCUGCGGCUUGUGCAAGGAAUCCUGUCUGUAACCUUGCAUUGAUGGUUGGUACAUCAGACAUCCCUGAUUGGUGCUAUCUGGAGGCCUUUGGAAGUGAAGGUAAAAGUAUCUAUUCAGAAGCACCUUCAGCUGAGGAUCUGGCUCUUUUUCACAGCAAGUCUCCUAUUUCACAUAUUUCAAAGGUCAAAACACCCACCCUUUUUCUGUUGGGUGCAAAGGAUCUUCGUGUUCCGAUUUCCACUGGAUUGCAGUAUGCUCGGGCAUUGAAGGAAAAAGGAGUUGCUGUCAAAGUCAUUGUGUUCCCUAAUGACAUCCAUCCAAUCGACAGGCCUCAAUCCGACUUUGAGAGCUUUCUUAAUAUUGGCGUGUGGUUUAAGAAGUAUUUGUUCUAGAUGCAGAACCUUGGGAUCUUAAUGUUACUCUUUUCAGGGGAAAUUAAUACAGAUCCAUCAUGGAAGAAUUGUUUAGUAAAUUUAUGUUCAGUAUGAGGGAUCUACCCUACUUGUAACCAAAUUCUUCACCUUGAAAUAGUCUUUUUCUUUUUCUCUUUGAAA